GUUCACUGACCUUGUCUCAUCAGGCGGUGAACAUCUAUUUGGCGACAGAUAUAUAGUUUCAAGAUUUUACACUGCGUUUGUAGAAUAAAUGGCAAACCAAAGCACUAAUUUGUCACAGCGUCGUAGCACAAUAGUAGGAAACAGUGAUCAGCAAGCUAUGGAGCAUAAUACUCUUUGUCCUACUUCUUUACGCGCGGAGAACAAUCCUCCUAUCAGUUCAUUCAAUGGGCAAAUAUUUGACGCUUGCCGUAAUGGCGACGUAGCCCUUGUUAAGUGUCUGCUUGAGACCGGAAUCGACGUUAACCUCAACGACACAUCUGGUCGAAAGUCAACACCUUUGCACUUCGCUGCUGGAUACGGUCGUCGGGACGUUGUCAGUCUUCUUCUGGAUAAUAACGCAGAUGUGUCUGCUAGAGAUGAAGGAGGUUUAAUUCCUUUGCACAAUGCAUGCUCAUUUGGACAUGUAGAAGUAGUGCACCUGCUACUGUCAGCCGGUUCUGAUCCUAAUGCUGAAGACUGUUGGAAUUAUACACCUCUUCAUGAGGCUGCGAUAAAGGGCAAAGUGGAAGUUUGUAUUUUGUUGCUUCAGGCUAAAGCCAAUCCUCAAGCUCGAAAUUUGGACGGCAAAACUCCCGUUGAUUUGGCUGAAGGUUCUGCACGUUUAGCUUUGUUAGGUGAAUAUCGUAAAGAUGAACUUCUGGAAGCGGCUCGAAGUGGCAAUGAAGAAAAACUCAUAAGUUUGUUAACUCCACAAAAUGUCAACUGCCAUGCUGGAGACGGUCGUAAAUCGACACCAUUGCAUUUAGCUGCAGGUUACAAUCGUACGAAAAUUGUAAAAAUCUUAUUAAAACACGGAGCUGAUGUUAUCGCCAAAGAUAAAGGUGGUCUUAUUCCUUUACAUAAUGCUUGUUCAUAUGGCCAUUUGGAUGUAUGUGAGUUGUUAAUUGGUGCUGGUUGUGGUUCAGCCCAAGUACAUGCUGCAGAUUUAUGGCAAUAUACACCACUACAUGAAGCGGCUAGUAAGGCACGUACUGAAGUGUGUUUCCUACUCUUGGCAUAUGGCGCAAAUCCAACUCAACCUAAUUGUCAUGGCAAAUCUGCACUAGAUUUAGUACCCAAUAAUGAUUUAAGACAAAGAUUACUUUUCGAAUAUCGAGGUUACCUUUUCCUUGAAGCUUGUCAGAAUGUGGAUGUUCACCAAAUUCGAAAAUUGCUCACCCAACCUACUGAUACUGUAACAAAUAAUUCUUACUCAAAUACAUCAUCAUUACCAAUUCACUUCAGUGUCCAUUCUAAUACAUGUUCUUCCAGCCAUAAUGCGAAGUCUUCACAACAAAAACAAUGCAGUAUAUCUGGAGUAUCUUUUCCAAGUCAACAUCAGGAGUCCAUUCUGCCUAUGCCUGUUCACGUGAAUCAUGAUCUACUUCACUUCCGACAUCCAUUUAUUGGUAACACUGCUCUACAUGCUGCUUGUUGUGCAACUAAUUCAGCAGAACAAAACGCUGCAAGAACAUUCUGUUUCGGUUCAGGAUCGUAUCCAGGUUUUAAUCCAAUAGAAAAUAAACACUUCGUGUCUCGCACACAGUAUAGUACGGACACAUCAGUCAACACAGCCAAUCGUAAUAUCUCACCGGUUUUAGGCAGACAGUUAAUUGAAUGGUUUAUUGAUCAAGGCAUCGGAGUUUCAGACUGCAAUGUUGAGGGUCAAACUCCUCUCCAUCUGGCUGCUCGCUAUGGCUAUCUCGAAGCAGCUGCUUGUCUUUUACGACGUGGAGCAGAACCAAAUGUUGCUGAUUGGCAUGGUUUUACACCUCUACACUUGGCUGCUAAAUACGGACAUUCUCAUAUAAUACAACUCCUAGUUCAAGGAUUUGGUGCAGAUUUAAGUUGUGCUACUAUACCAGGUGGUCAUACCGCUGCUUCUCUGGCUUCUACUGAAGGUGUUCGUCAUCUUAUUGCCGAAUUAAGUAUCAGCCCGGUGAAUAGUUCUUUGACUUCACAGAAAUCACCAACUGAAAAACAUAACGAACCACAUAGUUUUGCAUCUCCUGUUCCAGCACUAAACACAGCUGUAGAGAAAGUUCAAGAUGUAACUGUGUGCAGUCAACAACAAAUUACUCCAUUCUCAGUUUGUUCUGGUUCUCAUUCACUGGACACUUCAAAUAUGUUUUUUGAUGCUAAGUAUUCUCAGAAACCUACUGCCAACAAUGUUAGCAACAACAGUAAUACUUCAUCUUCGAAUCGUAGUGCCACUGCACUUCCAGUUCCCAAUACCGAUUACACCCCUUCUCCUGGAAGCCAUACCUGGGCAGAUAUAGUGUUACAGUUGUUGGAAGCAGCCAAGUCAGGUGAUGUUGAGAUGGUUCGUCGUCUCAUUACAACGCAUCAUUACUCAGUUUGUCCGGAUGGUGCUGCGAGUGAAUUAUGUAAUGAGUCACCGGAGUCCUGUACAGCUUCUGGUUCUUUUGAUUUGAUAAAUUGUCGUGAUAUUGAUGGUCGGCAUUCAACACCUCUUCAUUUUGCUGCUGGAUACAAUAGAUUGGCUAUUGUAGAAUUGCUUUUACAGUAUAAGGCUGAUGUUCAUGCUAAAGACAAAGGUGGUUUAGUACCUUUGCAUAAUGCUUGCUCCUAUGGUCAUGCUAAAGUUGCAGAACUUCUCAUUCAACAUGGAGCAAAUGUUAAUGUUACCGACUUGUGGCGAUUUACACCUCUACAUGAAGCUGCAGCCAAAGGCAAGUUCGAAAUUUGUCGGUUACUGCUCAAACACGGUGCUGAUCCACUGAAAAAGAAUCGUGAUGGUCAUACUCCGAUAGAUUUAGUUAAAGAUACAGAGAGUGAUGUUUACGACCUGUUACGAGGCGAUAUCUCUGUCUUGGAAGCAGCUAAGAAAGGAAAUUUAACUAAAAUAAAGCGCUUAGUAACUCCGGAGAAUAUCAACUGUCGUGAUACACAAGGAAGAAAUUCAACUCCACUUCAUUUAGCUGCAGGUUAUAAUAAUAUUGAGGUCUUAGAAUUCCUAUUGGAUGCAGGCGCUGAUGUGAAUGCUAAGGACAAAGGGGGUUUAAUUCCGUUACAUAACGCUAGUUCAUAUGGUCAUGUUGAUGUGGCUGCACUUCUUAUCCGUUACGGGACUUCUGUUAAUGCUGUUGAUAAAUGGGGUUAUACUCCAUUACAUGAAGCUGCUCAAAAAGGCCGAACACAGUUGUGUGCUCUUUUACUAGCUCAUGGAGCAGAUCCAAAAAUAAGAAAUCAAGAAAAUCAAACGCCCUUCGAUUUAGCAUCGGCGGAUGAUGUAAAAUCAUUACUACUAGAUGUCAUGCUUCACACAACCGCUUGCAUUACAACAGUCUCCAAGGAGAAUUUUGUUUCAUCUUCGUCUACUACUCUCUUAACUGGCAUACCCGCUGCAAGUUUAGACGUAACUAUACCUCAACAGACGUCAUUCAGUAACUUAUUACCAUCUAUGUCAAUUGGUCCGCGAAUUGAAUGUCAAGGUCGUGAGUCCAGUGCACCUGGACCAAGUGUUCCUACUGUGAAUACUUCAAACGCGAUGUAUCCACCAAAUAUAACUUUAGUUCGGCCAAAUACUUCAAGUUGUUCUACCAAUGGUAAACUAACAACUGCCAAUUUUCUCAUAUCACUUGGUUUGGGACAAUUAGUAGAAUUAUUUGAUAAGGAACUAGUAACAAUGGAUAUUCUCUUGGAAAUGGGUCAUGAGGAGCUGAAAGAACUUGGCGUCACUGUUUACGGACAUCGUCACAAAAUUAUCAAAGGUGUACAAAGAUGGCGGUCAAACUGUGUUUCUCAACUGUCUGCGCUAGAUUCAUCCAGCGAUACUCGCAAAUCUUCUAUGCCUUCAUCAAGCACCUCACCUCCUCAUCUCACUUCACAACCUAAUUCAGUAACAACUCACUUUCACGGUGUUGGUGUGGCUGAAGCUACUCCAACUGGUCCUGCCUACUUCCCUGCAGCAGCAGCUCGUAACACUGUAAUGAUAGAAAUUGAUAGCACAGAUCCAGAAUUUAUGGCUGUUGAAGAACAAAUUCAAAGCACAAUAAGGGAACAUAAAGACAAUUGUGGAGGCAUUUAUAAACGAUAUCGUAUACUAAAAGUUGCAAGAAUAAGAAAUAAACGUCUAUGGGAUCGUUAUUUACACCGAUGUGCAGAAAUUGCCGAAGACAACUCUGGACAUUAUAAUGAAAGACUUUUAUUUCAUGGAUCACCAUUUCUACAGUCCAUUGUCAUGAAGGGAUUUGAUGAACGUUAUGCCUAUAUUGGUGGAAUGUUUGGAGCUGGUAUAUACUUUGCAGAAAACUCGUCAAAAUCAAAUCAAUAUGUUUAUGGUAUUGGUGGUGGUGCAGGCUGUCCAGCUCACAAAUCACGUUCAUGCUAUAUUUGUCCUCGUCAGUUGUUACUGUGCCGUGUUGCUUUGGGACGGUCAUUCAUCCAGUUCAAUGCUAUGAAAGUAGCUCAUGCACCUCCAGGUCAUCAUUCAAUUGUAGGUCGACCCAGUGCUGGUGGACUCAAUUUUGCUGAGUAUGUUAUUUACCGAGGUGAACAAGCAUAUCCUGAAUACCUUAUUACCUAUUUACUCGUCCCACCUGAUUCGAAUGACAAUGAAAACUUAGUGGAUCAAAUUUCAUCGAACGCCACCGGUCUUAAUGCAAAUAUUGCUCUCUUACCACCUAAUACUAACAAUAGUAGCUCAUCAUCUAGUGUCGGGCUAAUUAUAAGCUCAGUACCCUGCAAUACUGUCCCUUCUAAUUCUAAGGGCAUUGUAACCAGUGCAUGUGAUCCAUCUUCUGUACAAAUGCCAGUUCAAUCCACAAAACUCUCUGUUACUGAUGCGGCUACACCUAUUUCUUCAGUUGCAAGUGUAACAUCAAUCGACAUUCAGUCAUCCAACGCUUCUACUGCUAUAGCUUCUGCUCCAGGUGGUCCAAGUUGUCACCUAGUUCCCUAAAAUCGUGAUAUCAUAUCUUCGCGCCCCUUGCUUUUACGUUAUUUUAUACUUCACAGUCUACAUUAGUCUAUUUAACUUCAAACUACUUCACAAAACAGAUAAUUUGUUUCUAGAUUUGCUGUUGGAUUCUUUUUUCACUUAUUUCCCAAUCAAGUGCACUUUGUUAUUGAUAAUAUAUAUGAAAAAAAUCUCAUCUUAAUAGAAUGAUGCGCGAGGUAUGCUUCAAAAUAAGUUACCAUCUGUACAAAAUGCUUGAUUUACCCACUGAUUAACCUAUGUAUAAAAUUUUGUGUAUUUGCACAAAGUGAAAAAGAUUUGUCUAAUAUACCCUUAUUCACUAUGACUUUUGGAAGUAAUCACAGUGGAGUAUUCUCCAUUUCAAAGUGAAUCUAUGUUUGCCAUCAAUAAUUUGGCACUCUACAAUACUAAGAUAAUAAAUUACAAUGCACAUUAUUCUGUCUUUUAAUGUUGAAAUUGCUUUUGGGAUGUUCAUGUUGUGUCGUUAGAAGAUGCGUUAAUGUUUCACUAGUUCAGCUCUUGCGUGUACAAACGUAUAUUGAUAAGAGUAUUAUUUGAGGAUCUAUUGUAAUUCGAUGCAUUUACCCAAAUGAAUCACAAUAAUUUAC